AGGAUACUGUAACCAUCGCCCCUUGGGCCUUUCUGCCCCUUUUUAUCAAAAUCGAUUUUUUUUUUUUUUUUGCUCAAUUGUAAGUAACAUGCGAUGAGCAAAAUUGUUGCAGCAUUUUCUUGGGUAUCUUGGCCCCUUGCGUUAUUGCAAGCUGAAACUUGCAAGUAGAAUCGAGAACAGAGAAACCAACUGCUAACACUAGCUUCCAUCCCUGCCUUAAAAGUAGAGAAGAAACUGGAUCCCUAAGCCAAAGAGCUAAAAAUAACUCCAUUUUCCAUGUAAGCAAUUGUAUUAGUUGCUUCAGGGUUUCACAGAUGGGAGGGAUGAUGACUUCAAAGCAUUUGAACAUGCCUCAAUAAAGUUUGGAAACCCAUCACAUAAGUUAUUAAGCUAAUAUCUUCUUGUUUUUUUCCCAGCAGACGUUCCUGUUGGCGUUGGGAAUAAACUGCCAACACUGUUAGAGCUGAAAAUCUAUUGUUUUGCCGCUUUAACUCUUAGGUUUGGCACGAUAUACUGUAUGCACAUUAGGUCCAACUUUAGCUAUAUACAAAAAAGACCAAUACAUCUCCAUAGUAUUCUCUGAAUGGACAGGUUUCCUAGAUUUAAAAGAAAGGCUGAUUCAGAGUACCCUUCCAAAAUGUCUGCUCUUAAAGAAGAAAGAGAGGUUGAAGACUACAAGAGGAAAGGAAGACGAUCCUCGCAGGGCCAUGAGCCUAAAGAGCCAGAGCAGCUGCGCAAGCUGUUCAUUGGGGGUCUGAGCUUUGAAACAACAGACGAUAGCUUGAGAGAACACUUCGAAAAAUGGGGCACCCUCACAGAUUGUGUGGUGAUGAGAGACCCCCAGACCAAACGUUCCAGAGGCUUCGGCUUUGUGACUUACUCCUGCGUGGAGGAGGUGGAUGCUGCGAUGAGUGCUCGACCACAUAAGGUGGACGGGCGCGUGGUUGAACCAAAGAGAGCCGUUUCAAGGGAGGAUUCUGUAAAGCCUGGGGCACACCUCACAGUAAAGAAAAUAUUUGUUGGUGGAAUCAAAGAAGAUACAGAAGAGUAUAAUUUAAGGGAAUACUUUGAAAAAUAUGGCAAGAUUGAAACUAUAGAAGUCAUGGAAGACAGGCAAAGUGGAAAGAAAAGAGGCUUCGCGUUUGUAACUUUUGAUGAUCAUGAUACAGUCGAUAAAAUUGUCGUUCAGAAAUAUCAUACCAUMAAUGGCCAUAAUUGUGAAGUGAAAAAAGCACUCUCAAAGCAAGAGAUGCAGACUGCUAGCUCUCAGAGAGGUCGUGGGGGUGGCUCAGGCAACUUCAUGGGCCGUGGAAACUUCGGAGGUGGUGGUGGAAACUUCGGCCGAGGAGGGAACUUUGGCGGCAGAGGAAAAAAAUCUCAUCUGUUUUGUGUUCCAGGAGGCUAUGGGGGUGGUGGUGGCGGUGGUGGGAGCAGAGGAAGCUUUGGGGGUGGUGACGGAUACAAUGGAUUUGGUGAUGGUGGCAACUAUGGAGGUGGUCCUGGCUAUGGCAGCAGAGGAGGGUAUGGUGGUGGUGGAGGACCAGGAUAUGGAAACCCCGGUGGUGGAUAUGGAGGUGGCGGAGGAGGAUAUGAUGGCUACAACGAAGGGGGAAACUUUGGUGGCGGUAACUAUGGUGGCAGUGGAAACUACAAUGAUUUUGGCAAUUACAGUGGACAGCAGCAGUCUAACUAUGGUCCCAUGAAAGGUGGUGGCAGCUUUGGUGGCAGAAGUUCAGGCAGUCCCUAUGGUGGUGGUUAUGGCUCUGGAAGUGGAAGUGGGGGCUAUGGUGGUAGAAGAUUCUAAAAAUGCUACCGAAAAAGGGCUACAGUUCUUAGCAGGAGAGAGAGCGAGGAGUUGUCAGGAAAGCUGCAGGUUACUUUGAGACAGUCGUCCCAAAUGCAUUAGAGGAACUGUAAAAUCUGCCACAGAAGGAACGAUGAUCCAUAGUCAGAAAAGUUACUGCAGCUUAAACAGGAAACCCUUCUUGUUCAGGACUGUCAUAGCCACAGUUUGCAAAAAGUGCAGCUAUUGAUUCAUGCAAUGUAGUGUCGAUUAGAUGUACAUUCCUGAGGUCUUUAUCUGUUGUAGCUUUGUCUUUCUUUUUUCUUUUUAUUUUCCCAUUACAUCAGGUAUAUUGCCCUGUAAAUUGUGGUAGUGGUACCAGGAAUAAACAAAGUAAGGAAUUUUUAACUUUUCAAUAUUUGUGUAGUUCAGUUUUUCCACAUUUAGUACAGAGAAUUCUAUAACAGAAAUAAAAUGUAGUUUAGGGUGUUUCCUUGUUAGUCAAUAGAGAGGAUUAAUGCAUUUCUCAAUUACUAUUUUGUAUUAAUUUAAAGUUAACAAUAGAAACACCUAUUGAUUUGCAGUCUUAAGGGGUCUAGUCUCAGUGUAUAUAUGUAACUGUCAUUGACAUGAGUUACAUAGGCAUACAGAGGGAAAACAUCUGUAUGUUACAUUAUAGUUUGUUUAGAUGUAUAACUAGGAUUGAGUUACUCAAAUUAGUGUUUGUGAAUUAUAGAACUAAGCUUUACCUUCAAAUGAAAAUUUCAAAUUACCUUUGGUUUGUGCAUAUUUUUUUAAUUUGUAGCUCUGUAUUAGUACUAGCGCUUCAAGAAAAUAAGGCAUGAUAAAUAUUUUAACAAGACCAACUUUAGCCACAUUCAAGCUGUCUCCAGUCUCAUUUGAGAUGUAUAAGAGAUAAUUGCAGUUGCGCAAGUUUUGGGUGAAGAAAAAAAAGAAACUUGUUUUUUAUCUCUCUAUUUAUUGUAAUUCCCGAGAAGUUCAAGGGGUGUGUAUGUUUGGGGGGGAGUCAAGUGCCUGUUUCCUUGGGGUAUACGAUGAUUCUGUUGAAUAAAAUUACGCUGUGGGGAGGGUGGCUUGGAAUUUCAAUCUCCUUCCCCUUCGUUUCUCCCCGUUUCCCUCUCCCUCACACGAGACCGCCCUGUUUCAAGUAAAAGAGGUGUCAUAGUGAGAGUAAUAGGUAUGUUCCAAAAUAACUUAAUGGCUAUAUACUUUCUUGCAUGCACCCUAGGCAAUUUUCUGGACACAUUCUUCUGACUGGGAGCCAAGGGUAGCGCAGGUGUAAUCACUGACAGUCCCAGGUAACGCGUUCCCAAGCCCCCUCGCCACGGGCUGGGUAGUAGAGCGCCGAGCGCUGCCCCUGGGGUAUCUAUGCUCCGAAACGAGCGUGAAGAUCAGAAGAAAACACAACCUAGGUUGUAUUUUCCUGGUGAGAAGCACUUCCCACGAUCUAGAACAAAAACAUGGUACAGUCUUAAGUUUCCAUAGGUAAAAUGAUAGCGUGUUACAGUUUGAUUGAUACACUGGAGUAGCAAAUCUUAUCAGCACAUCUGGCUAGAAAUGGUACUCAAUUUUCACUGGUGACUUCCAAAUUGAGGCCCUCCCAUCUGUCCUUUUCUCAGCUGAUCUGACUCUCUCUCAGCUAUUGCCAGGACAAUGUCAAUUUAGACGCAGAAGAGUAGGGACCCAGUGAAUAGAAGAAAUGCUCUUUGAGACGCUUGGCAGUACGUGGUGGUGGAAUUAUUGUCACCUGUUUCACUUCUGGGUCAAUGUGCAGUAUAAGGUAAAUGCAAUUCCAGUGUAGGAAUGAAUCUGCAAAGAUGUAUGAAAUGGCUCGAGUCAUAAUCAGUCAUAUUAAUAAUGAAUUAUAAUUUUAAGCAGUAGAAAAUGAGUGUGUUAUUGAAAAAAAUUAAACAAUGUUAUUUAAACACUGUUAUUGGAGUGUAUUUAGACUGCAGUGCACUAAAACAAGGAAUCGCUGUCAAGAUUGGUAGACUCCAAACUGGAUUUCCAAGUCUGAUUAUUCUUCUCUGUGGAGUUUUAAAAACAUCUAACCUAAAGCAAGCAUUGGUGAUUUAGUGACCGUUUUUGUUAUUGUACAUAUUUAUUAAGCUGGGCUUGGGACGGGGGGAGGUUGUAUUUCAAUAAAGGCGUUUUUAAACAACCCCUUGGGAGUAUGGAAACACAUUCAGCCCCCAACACCUCUCACUAGGGAGUGAGCCACCUAAGUACUGACUUGACCUGUACGUUCCUACACUUAGGAGAAGUGUAGACUCGCACCUGGGGCCUGCAUCUGGUUGCAGGGGGUUGAUGUCCCUUCUGAAAACUGACCUGCUAUUUCUAAAUUUCCUAGAAUGUAUUGACAGUGUUCUUUUUAACAGGGCCUCUUGUAGCUGUGCUGUGACAACUGUUAACUUUGAAAAAUAGUGUCAUAAUAAACUUUAUGAACAAGAUCUGUAUGCAACCUUUUAAGAGAUGGAGUCUGUAAGUGACCACUGUGUAGGCGGGGGGAUAGCUUAGCUGCUGUCUGUGAUGUGGAAAAGCGCAAGCUGCGAGGACAGUGAUUAACCAGUUGGAAAGAACCUAGGACGUACCUCUUUGAUCCGUACUUUGCUAAGGAGACUCGUAAGACAGGACUUCAGCAGCCUAUUGAGUAUGGAGAAGUCAGCCUAAUUACAGAAUGACGAGGCAGCAAGAGCAACAGCUUCAACUCCAGAAAAGUGAAGGCAUAAGAUACUGUGCUGAUAGUGAGCAGCUUUCCAAGGCU